GGAUCAUAAUAUAGCUACUUAUUAUUUUAAUCAUUAUCUAGCAAGGCUCCGAGUUUGCUACUGAAACUAGGUAGUUUGCGAAGUCGGCCAGAAAGCUAUGUCUCCAGCGUAGACUAGAUUGUACCACGACUGCUUGCUUUAUUGGUAGAAGCAGCCGCUAUGGAAUCAUCUACCACACGAGAUAUGAUGCUUCUAUGCCCUCCAGAUGAAGCAGCUAGAAAGAACUUACACGCCCAGGAUGAAUCGGAGGCCAAUACUGACAUUUGCCUCCUCAAAAGCUCAACUCCAAACUUGCUCCAACGUGUCGGCGCAUUAUCCACCAGGUCUGACAGUCCAAGUACAGUCGAAAGUGUUUGUUGGGACCAAUCCUCAGCUGUGUACUCAGAAGCGAGCCCGGCUUCUUUCAAGGAUGACCUUUUCAUAGAGACAGAGUUGAACGUAACGGAACGAUGUGGGAGGUCAUCCGAUAGUGACGACGGGAUUCGCAACCCACCUCAGAUUCCAGAUAUACAUGACUUUCACAAUGUCACACCCUCGACGAGAAAUGCAGACGAAAAGCGUAUAUUAUCCAACAAUAAUAACAAUGAUAAUACAUCUCAAAACCGACUUCGUGAGACUGGUCAAAGUAGGCACGAAGAGACCAGUAGUGAAUUCGAAGACGACGAUUUCGAUUCCGACGACGAAGAAGACAACGACGACUGGGCCGGGGAGCCAGACAAGAUCGAGACUGCGGUGCUCAUGAAUGUUCCUGAUCUGGAAUUCGCAGCAUCGCUUAUUAUGGAUUUACAUAAAGAUCGGGUCCACAGUGAAGCGCGAAGAAUUGGAGGUUGGCAAAAAGGUGUUGUUACCUACCAAAACUCGCCAGGUGCAGGCGAGAGCUCACGGCAGUCCUUUGUGAACCCUAACGCAGGUCAGAGGUCGUCUAAGUCCCAUAAAAAGCAGCGACUUUCAAGAUCAAGGGGCGGAAGCUCCGACGAUGGAGAUGGGGAAAGGGAUGAUGGUGAGGGGAGCGGCUCUCCUGAAAACCACGACGAUGGCUCAAUUUCAGGCGAGCAGAGGGGCCGAUACGCUUGUCCUUUCAAUAAGUCGGCUCCCACCAUAUUCUGCAGCAACCCUAUCACUGGAGACCAAUUUCGCGUGUGCGAAUCAGGAUAUAAGACAAUCCAGCGUUUGAAGGAACAUAUCAAACGAAAGCAUCUCUUAAUCCAAUGCGAGCGUUGCUAUAAGAACUUCUCGGGGAAGGGGAAGGCCAUCGAAGAAAGCGUCGCUGAGCUGAAGACACAUCGCCAGCAGCCAGAGCCAUGUGCCGUAGGAAGCUCAGAAUCUAACUCAGGGAUAAAUAUGGAACAAUGGACGCUGCUCGACAGGAGCGGAGGCAAGAAAAGGAAAAAGAUUUCUGAAGUUGAGAAAUGGUUUAACAUUUGGGAGACGAUUUUUCCAGAAAAGCUUCGCCCGAGGCAUCCCUGGGCCGAGCGGACUACUCUAGGAAUGAAGUCGUUGCCAGUACCAGCAAAUACACAGCGUUUUACAAAUCUGUUCCAAAAAUUUCUCGACCACGGAAUCAUGUCUGGUAGUAUCCAAUUUAUCCAAGGGCAAGAGUUACUAAUGAAAAGCCGCCUGAACUCGUUGGCACAAAAGGCUUAUAAUCUCCACAUGGAUCUGGACGAUGCACCUUCCUUAGGGAAUUCUUCUUCCAGUGGCCAGACAGCAACUCAGAUCGCCAUGCCUACGACACCAGUCAUAAACAACCCAAACAUGGCCCAACGGCAUAUACCGGUCCCCAAGAUGAGCAGACAAAACAGCCAGCCGAUGCUUAUAAGGGAGCCUCAAGCCCAAUACCGCAUACUCCCGCCGCAGAUCCCCCCCGGAAUGACUUAUGGGCCGCAGAACUUCCCCGGCUACGGAGGCAAUCAACUGACGAGGGUUCCACCUAACCCCAUGCCCGGCCCCUCUCAAGCUUUAGUGUUAGACCAACCCGAAUUCCAUUGGUCUUACGGGAAUAUGAGCAAUAGCUGGCCUGGAUUCGAGUAUCUCCCGCAUAUGGAUGCCGAGAAUCCGGACCUAUCGUAUAUACAGCAAAACGAGCAAAGCUGA